ACAAAAAGGGCUAGUCUCGGUAUUGCAGCGAAUCACAAGGGACAGUUAUGGCAUUUGCUCAUCUGUAUGAUAUGGUGGUGGUGGAGAAUGGCUAAAAGCCUAAAAGGGCUUAAAGCCUCAAAAGCCUAUCUCUUUGAUAGUGAUACACAUAUCCUAUUCUUCUCCUAUCCUUUACUUGUUUUGUAUUAUUUGUAUUCUUUCGGAAUGUAUAUAUACAUCCAUCUUUAGCUUCUUUUUCCUCUGAUAUUCACUUUUGGAAAUUAACAAUGGCAAUUCGAUCAUGAUGUUGUGUAUAAAAUAGAGUUUGACAAAAAAAAAAAAAAAAAUCAGGGGGCUUAAAAUUGCAAUAAAAAAUGGAGUGGCAAUGAUGAGAAGGAAGGGCACAAGUGGGCUCUAGACAAGCACGUGGGAGUUGCCUUUUGAUUUGCACGCUGGCAUGUCCAUACUACUCGCUAGAGAAGAAGGCCUCAGUCCAUUUUUCUUCUUCAAGUAACAGAAAAGGAAGGUUCGCAGUUCUUCACAUUUUUCAUUUUUCAGGGUCAAUAUUCGAUUUUCCUGGCAGUUUCUGUUUCUGGGUUUUGGUUUAAAUUCAGGUUUUGAUCUUAAAAAAUCAUCCUUUUUAGUGGUUUUGUUUACUUGGGUUUAGAGCAGCUUUAGCUGUUCAAGCUGGUGUUCUUUUUAUUUGAUUGACCUGGUUGGGAUUGCAGUUACUUUGGGUUCUUUGUUUGCAUGUCCAAGUCACAUGGGGUAUAGAAUUUGACUGAUAGGACCUGGACUUCGGUGUUUUUGAUCCUCUAAGUGUUUUUGUCAUUUUGACUCUUUCUGAUGUAUAAAUAUAUUCUAUAUAUGAAACUCAUUUAGUAUCCCACCCUCCUUAACAAGAGCUCUUGGUUUUCCUUUGUUCUUGGAUAUCCUCUUUCAUCCAAGAAAAAUCUUCUUCCAAUCUUUUCCCUUUUUAUGUUGUGAAAUUUCAUUUUUUGGGGUUGAGCUCAUUUUGGACCAACAAUUCUAGAAGAACCCAACAAAUUGGAUUGUCCAAUUCAAUUAUGUUAAGGAGAAUCUGAUGUGAAGAAAACUAAGGAAUCAGUCAUGAAGUUUAUGAAACUUGGAUCUAGGCCAGAUACUUUCUACACUUCUGAGGCUAUAAGGUCAGUUUCUUCUGAAGUUUCAAGUGAUCUCAUAAUUCAAGUUAAGGGAAGCAGAUAUUUGCUCCACAAGUUUCCACUUCUGUCAAAGUGUUUGAGGCUGCAGAGGCUCUGCUCUGAAUAUGCGGAAACCUCGCAACACCAGAUAAUCCAACUGCGUGAUUUUCCAAGUGGAGUUGAGGCAUUCGAGCUCUGCGCAAAAUUCUGCUAUGGAAUCACAAUCACGCUCAGUGCCCACAACAUUGUAGCUGCUCGCUGCGCCGCAGAGUACUUGCAGAUGACUGAGGAAGUUGAGAAGGGAAACUUGAUAUAUAAGCUUGAGGUCUUCUUCAACUCUUGCAUACUUCAUGGCUGGAGGGACUCAAUUGCCACUCUGCAAAGCACCAAGGCCUUUCCUCUGUGGUCUGAGGACCUUGGAAUCACAGGCAGAUGUAUAGACACAAUUGCCUCCAAAGUCAUAACACACCCUUCAAAGGUUAGCUUGUCACAUAGCUACUCCCGGAGGGGAAGAGACGACGUGUCAUGCAAUGGUGCCGAGAGUCUGAGGCAUGGCAAACCUGGAAACAAGGGGUGGUGGGCUGAGGAUAUUGCAGAAUUGGGAAUAGACCUUUUCUGGAGGACCAUGAUUGGUAUUAAAUCUGGUGGAAGAAUACCCUCUAAUCUCAUAGGUGAUGCAUUGAAAAUCUACGCAGCAAAAUGGCUACCCAACAUAUCAAAAAAUGAGUACAGCAAACAAGCAGCAUCGACAUCUGAUUCGGAUUCAGACUCGGGGAAUGAUUUGACUUCAAAGCAUAGGCUGAUCUUGGAGACAAUUGUGAGCUUAGUUCCGGCUGAGAAAGGUGCUACUUCUAGCAGUUUCUUGCUCAAACUGUUGAAGGCAGCCAAUAUUCUCAAUGCCUCUUCCUCUUCCAAAAUGGAAUUGGCUAGAAGAGUUGGGCUUCAAUUAGAGGAGGCAACAGUUGGUGACUUGUUAAUACCAUCUGUACCAUAUGAAGCUAAGGGUACUCGAUACGAUGUAGACAUUGUUAUGACCAUUUUGGAGCAGUUCAAGUUACAAGGGCAGAGUCCCCCUACUAGUCCUCCAAGGUCCAAGCUUGGUAAUUUCCAGAGGAGGAGGUCUAGGUCGGCUGAGAACAUCGAUUUCGAGUUUCAGGAGAGCCGAAGAUCAUCUUCAGCGUCACAUAGCUCAAAGCUGAAAGUGGCAAAGCUUGUGGAUGUGUAUCUUCAGGAAAUUGGCAGGGAUGUAAAUUUGCCUCUGGCAAAGUUUAUUGCGAUUGCUGAGGCAUUACCAGAAUUUGCCAGGGUUGAUCAUGAUGACCUUUACAAAGCAAUUGACAUUUACCUUAAGGCACAUCCAGACCUGAACAAGAGUGAAAGGAAAAGGCUGUGUAGAAUCCUAGACUGCAAAAAGCUGUCAAUGGAGGCCUGCAUGCAUGCUGCACAAAAUGAGCUACUUCCACUAAGAGUGGUGGUCCAAGUUCUCUUCUUCGAGCAAGCUAGAGCCGCCAUGGCGGGCGGCAAAGUGACCGAGUUGCCGAGCAACAUAAGGGCUCUGCUAGCCUCACACGACAUUGACCCAACACGGCCUCCACCGCCCUUAAGUGCCUCUAGCAUCAUUCCUGCAGAGGAUCAAUGGAGUGUCUCGGGCCUUAAGUCACCCAAAUCGAAGAUGUCAACGCUACGAAUGAAGCUAGAGGAAGACGAUGAUCUUGAUGACAAUGGGAUUGGGAGAAGCUCAAGGCUUAAGGCUCUCUGCUUACUGCCUACAAGACCCAAAAGAAUGCUCAGUAAGUUGUGGUCCAUCAACAGAAGUAGCACUACUGCAAGUGAAAAGAACUGAGUGAUUUUUGUUUAAUUUUCAAGAUGGGUAUGGUCAAGUCCAAAGAGUAACCAUAUACUAUGCUUCUUCUUCAUAUAUUCCUUGUAACUUACUAGGAACAAAGAUUAAGAAUCCCAAUGUGCAUUGUUCAUGUAAUGUCUUAUAAUAAGAAAGAAGAUUUUCAGUGAUCAAAA